AUGCCGGCGAUCGAGCUGAAGCUAUCCCGUUCCAACCGCAUCUAUCGUCCAUCUGUACGUCCGAUAGGCUGCUUGCCAGUUGGAGGGACAAUUUAGAGGGAGUGAUGAGGACUGUUUGUUUUGGGAAAAUUCGUACCAGGCCUUUUAUAUCUACGAUUCUUUGUUGGUUUCUGCAGGAGGCGGUUGAGGGGAAGAUCGUGACGACGUCGUCGGCUCCCCUCUCACACCAAGACAUCCGCGUCUCCAUCUCUGGUUCAGUCAAUCUUCAGGCAUGUUAUACGCGCCGCGCUGGAUGUGUUUGUUGCUAAUGUUCUCGUACUCUGACCUUCCUCAGUUCUUGUUUUCUACUGGCUGAAGGUCCGAGGAGGGUUGGCGGGCGUGGUCGACUCCCUGUACAGCGUCGUCAAGCCGAUUUAUUUAGUGUGAGUCACCAGCCGUCUCUCCCUCGCUGAGUUCCUCCGGCGUCCGUUUUCGUCAUUUCUUAUGGUGUUUCUUUCUUUCUUUCCGGGACUAAAUUUAUUAUAAAAUAGGGAACGUCGAUAUUGUCCAGACAAGUCUGCUCUGUUCAGAAGUCACCUGUUUUAUGAGCCGAGGAUUGAAGUUGAUUGAUUGGACUAGGAUCUAUUCUACUAGGUAAAGAAUGUAAGGUUGUCGGAGGGUUAGGCGGUUAGUAUAGUUUUUCAUCUCCCUGGUAUAGACGCGAGAGAUGAUACGAAGUAGACAUGCCUUGAAAGUACGCUACGCUGAGUAUACUAAAAUCCUUAUUUUUCUUUGAAAUUUAGUCAAUAAACUGCACGUCUCAAUCUCAAAUAGAUGCGCCACUGUGUGAACAACAAUGGGGCCUGCCGCCUGAAAGUCAGCUCUAUAAAAGAGUGUUUUUCUUCCAGCUGUCACCACUGUGCAGCCAGGCACAUAUGGGUGGUGUUAGUGGAACUCCAAGUCCCGAAUUUAUUUUAAUUUAAAUUCUCUUUUGAUUGGUUUCCCUAGAGAUACCUCAUUUGGAUGAUUAUUGAUUAGUUUUUUCAAAUUUUGGUUCAUUAGUAAUAUAAUGUAAUAUUUCCUAGUUGUCGAAUGGAUGCUCUUGCUUAUUUUUCGUUUUUGCACCUUAUUUUUCAGUUUUCGAGCCUCUCACUUCUGGUAAAUUUGCCUUUCGUUUUGAAAUCAGGAAGAAUAGCGUCGUGGUUAGUUCAUCUGGAAAACUCGCUCCAGGAACCAAUGAGGUGUUGUAUUAAACUUUAAUGUCCCUUUUCUUUACAUCUCAUGCUUCAUACUUCGCUUUCAUUGUUUCAUAUUGUCGGCCAUCUAGAAUGAAUGCUGCCUUCAAUAAAAGUUAGCUCGAAUGACGAAUCAGAUGGGUAGCAAUAUACAGUUAAGAAAUAUAGCUUUGUCAGGCAGAAAUUUGUAACAUUCUUGAUCAAAGCGUACACUAUAUCUUAAGUAAGAUGAAAUGAUCGUAAUCUGGAACAGAUGUAGUAGUUCUAAGACCGUGUCUGAGCACUGUUAGAUAUAUCAGGUGAUUUCGCAACAAGGUUGAGCCUGAAAUCGUUUUUGUUUACGUUAUAUGCACUCGUUCUUCUCUUAAGUCACAAAAAUGUACCUAAUCUCUUACACGACACAUCAUACCUUAUGGUUGCAUAUUUGGAUCUAUUCCUUUUAGACAGUCGUAGUUUUUGAAUUGACCUGAGUGGGAGUCAUGUUCAUGGGACCAUGCAUUUGUGGAAGGGACAUUUCAACGGCAUCUUUUUAAGUGACCUGGUUCAGUCACAAACUGCUUACGUUGACCAAAACGCUGGGUAGUGAUAUCUUUCCAGCUUUCAGGAAUUCUUCAUACUAUCCAGUUUACAAAACACAAUUUCCAGCCUGCACCAUGUCAAUUAUUGCCAGUUGCAGCUAUUUCAUCCUUUCUCUAUUUUAAUUCUACCAAUGAGGUUUAUUUCCUGCCGUAUUUGGUUGGCUUGUUCUGAUCUCAUUCCAUGUUCGAUUUAUAUUUUACUUGACGCUAGUUUUUCUCUCUACGGUUUUCUGAUGUGUUACAAGAGUUGAUGCGUAAGUAUACGCAGUUAGGAGUUUCUCAUAAUGUCCACAAUGAUGCCUUCUACAUUGAGAAAUAAGAGGGUGGUAAGGGAAAAGAGCUGCCAAUACAGAUUAUUUUACAAAUGAUUUCUGGGGAGCAACAUCUGAGGCUUAUACGACUAGAAUAUGCUCUACUAUUUGAAGUAGACUUUGAAUUUCAUGUUUUGAAUCAUUGGAGAGCAAUGCUGAUGCUGGAAAUUACGAAGCACAACACUAAUGGUGUUUUAGGCAUGUUCCUCGACUAGAAUUUUGUUUCGUAUAUGAUUCGUCCUUUGAUUUAAAGAAACAAAAGCUUACAUUGCAAUUUAGGUCCGAGCAUCAGUUGCUCCAAUUCUAAACGACGCUAUGGAUUUUGAAAUUUAUUUAAUUUCACCACAAGCAUCCGGCAUUAUUUCUGGGUUAGAAAAUUGAGGAUGAUAACAAAGCAGGAAAGUUGUAGGGUUCAAAGACAUAACUAUGGAUCAUAGUUUGUUCCGUAUGAAAAAAUCAUUGAGGUACGUGAAAAAUAUGCGUUAAAAGAUAUCACUGCCUUAUACAGUCAUGGCUUUGCCUUUUUAUACACGGAUAAGAUUGGAUAGCAUUAAUUAACAAAUGGCUGUUAGAAAUUGAGAGGUCAAAAACCCAUUGAUAUGAUUACCAGAGAUGCUGCCUGUUCUCAUCUAAUCCAAGAAGCCAAAAAGUGGAAAUAUCUCAUUCAAUAACUGUUCAGCGAGGUUAGAAUACAAACCUAAUUAUAAACUUAAAGAGGAUCUUGUUUGAUAGGUUUCUUCUGUAUCUUCUCUGAUGGGGUCUCUUCACUUGGGCAUCCUUGUUUAUGUUGCGGUUUAAAUUGUGAUGUAUUGCAGAUUUGUAGGCGAUCUUGUAAUUUGGUUCAUUUAUCUUUUUACAGAUGAAUAUUUUUAUUUACUACUUCCGACCAAAACAUCAUUCAAAGAAUUUUUUAAAAUAUGUUUUGAAAGAAAACUUGUUUUCCUUUAUCUUAAGGUGGAACACAUUCUAUUUUCUUUUUGAAUUUUUUAACGUCUCAUUCACUGAUAAAUAUAUGACCUACGUGAUAGUUUAAUGCUGACAUUUGAAAAAUAAACUUAGAUAAGGGUUGAACAGUAUUUCCAACAAUUCAAUUUUUUUAUGUAUGGGACUUGAAUUUGAAUUUCUUUUGCUAUUUCACCUUUAUUUACCUUUUAAAUCAUUCUUCAAAUUGGAUUUUAUGUUUAUUUCUCAAUGUUCUGUUUGAAUAUUACAGUGAAGAUUUUAUUUUUUUUAUAUGAUCUACCUUGGAACAAAUUUUUCGACACAUUCUGCUCAAUUUCGUCAUAAUCAUCAUCGUUACCAUCCUCCAGAACCCAGUUAAUUGGGGUAUUGACAGUGGUGGACAGUCAUCCUACUCCUAUCCACCCUCUCACGUGGUUCAUCUAUCUUCAUCAUACUUAAGUCCAUUUAUCUCCAUUGCUUGUAUCCAAGUUCUUUCGCUCUUUUUCUUUCCCCUUUAGAACCCUCAGCAAAACCGUUUAUGUCUUCACAAUUGCUGUCACUUUAUGGAUAUUUCCGAAUCAUCUAAGAUGGGUUUCAGGGGCUUCCUGUGGUUUUCACAUUUGCAGUGUCUUCCCGAGUAUAUAGCGGAAAAUUCCCUGAAAGCCUUCUCAGACUUUAUAUCUUUCGUAUUUUCCAGAUACCAUUUUCCAUUACUUUGAGAAAAGAUGAUGCGAAGGACAUUCAAAGGUUUUAUGACACAUUUCAUGGAGGAAAUAUCACUAUUCAGGUAGAUAUUUUCAUAGGCAAGCUCUGUUAUCUCUGAUUCUACUGUUAAACGUUGGUUUUUACUCUUUCACUCACCAUUCUGGGAGCUGUGGGAUUUCUAAUUGUUUUUUUGAUAGUAUUUAAUAACUGCAGAUAUAAGUAGGGGUUAUCUUCACAAAUCUUUAUCUGCCACUAAAGAAUUCAUCGUUCAAAGGGAUAAAGGUAAUAACAUAUGAAGUACUUAAAUAUCAUUAUUUCUUUACAUCAUGAAAUACAAUUUACUUUUCCACUAUUUGCAUUUCUAUUCCAGGCUCUGUAUUGGACCUGCCUGUUGCAGCUGACAUUGUGAGCUUUUAUGUUACGGAAGACACUCAGAAGCACCAAUUAAUCCCCGAGCUUACCACUGGUACACAUAUAAUGCUUUGUUAUAUUUGGGCCUUAUUUCUCUCUUGAACAGAUCCGUUAAUUUCUGAGUGGAUUGCUGACUGAGAUGCAAUAAUUUGCUGAUUACAUUUUUUUUUAUUUACUACCUUUGGAGUGCUUGCUACUGCUGUUUAUCUAAUGCUCAAGUAAAUAAAUGAACAACCGUACCUUUCUACCGAUGUGAGAUGCACAUCGUAUGUAACAUGCCAUGAUUCUCUAAGAUAAUACAUGGAGCCUUCUAGCUUUUGGCUGGUCCCUUUUGGAGCGAAGUAAUUUACUUUUCUUUAUUUUUUAUAUUACACAAUUUAUUAGAACUACAAAGGAAUUUUGUGGUUCUCAGGAUUUUCUGGUUGUUCAUGUUGCCUAUUGGUCUAACCCGGGGAAAGGUUUGCAUUUUUCCCAAAUAUAGGGGAAAGAAGGAGCGAAAAUUUAGCCCUUCCAUUGCUUUUUUAGAUAAUACAUUUUAACAGCAAGGUAGUUUCUUAAAUAGAUUAUAUAUUUCCUUAUAUUCAUGCGGAUAGGAACCAACUAUUUGAUAGCUAUAUUGAAUAACCUUCCUUUUUCUUUAGUUUCUAUGUUGUCAGCGUUGUUUCCUUUGUAUUCAUAUGAAAUUGCUUUCAAGCAGGACGUUUCCGGGUAACAGGGAAGAUACCAACAUCAUGCUCUAUUUCAGAUCCUCUUAUUGGGGAACUAAUUGUUGAAUCAUCUGCUGUACCCAUUAGCUCCAUAGAUAUACAAUUACUUCGUGUUGAGUCUAUUCUUGCUGGAGAAAGGAUCGUGACCGAUACAUCUGCUGUUCAGACCACGCAGGCAUGUAUCCAUUGUGCUCAUCUCUGUGGUCAUUCGGUACAGCUAACAUGCAUGUUCGUAUUAUACUGUAGAUUGCUGAUGGUGAUGUAUGUCGAUCGCUUGUUCUUCCAAUUUAUGUCAUUCUUCCCCGGCUUUUAGUAUGUCCUUCAUUGGUAGCAGGGUAAGUGCUAUUAUCUAAAUAAUUCUACGUGAUAUUUUUGCGAAAGUAGUGGUCUGUGAUAUUGUUUAGAACGGUUUAUUAUUUAUUUUGUUUGUUCUUGUAUUUUUUCUUCAAUGCUUUGGUUUUAACCAUUAUUAUUUUUUAAAAGUUCGAUUAUGAUUGUUCAUGCAUUUCACGGAUUUUAUGAGGAACGUAUAAAACCAAUUACACAGCUGAGUGACCUGAAUAAAAUUUCUAUCUUGAGGCUUCUUGGGAUCAAUAACUACCUUAUGGAAAGUACCAUGAAGAAUUUCUCGGGGGGCUAUUUUCUACUUAUCACGUACUAGUUGGUGUGUCCAACUAUUAUUCUACUUUAUUAAUGUCCGCAUUCAAGAUAGUGUUGUUAGGCAGAGUCCUAUCAAAAUUAACAAAAUCAGACAAGGUGGAGUGACUUGUCGACCUACUCGGUGCAAUGUCCUGUGUGGUAUGUGACCGAGAAUAUCCUGUCAUCUGAUUUCUAUGAACAUAGACUCGUCUGGGCAUUUCAUGGUCAGAAUGCUGCAAAUCUGGUGCUGUAUCCGUAUUUUUCAUUCGCAUGGAGUUGUUAGUUUUUGUAACCAGAAACUAGCAAACGGCCAUGUGUAUUGAGAAACGGGGGAAAAUAAUGCAUUGGGAGAUGCUUGAGAGGGGGAGAAACAAGACGCAUUUCUUUGUAGCUGGAUGGUCUAUACUUAACAGAUACCAUUCAACGUAAAGUACUUCUCUUCAUGGAAUUUACGAAAGACAAAAACUUAGAAAGCCCAUUAGAGGAAUAGUAGAAGAGGAUGAUCACCAGAAGAGGAAUAGCAUUAGAAGAUGAUUGUCAAUACAUUAUUAAGAAACUAUCAGUACAUUAGAGGAGUAGCAGAAGAGGAUGAUUACCCUGUGCAGAUAUAUCCUUCGAUUUUGUGUAGUGAUGCCCACUUUUUCCUAUAUUAUCAUCUCUAUUUAUGUAAUCAUGCGUUUUUUUUUCGAGAUAUUGUGUCAUCAUACCCCAAAUAUUUGAUUCAGUUCCUGUUCCUCCAGAUAAGUCGGUCAGAAUAUGAUAGAUUCCCUUGUGCUACCAGAAGGUUCAGAAUUGACUCCUUUGAAAAUGAUGAUUAUUAUAUCAUUCCUUAGAAAAUGCUAAAUACUUAAGAAUGGCAAAACUCGAGGAAGUGAGAGAAUUUCUUCGUUGAAGGUCCAUCAUUAGUUCAUUAAAUAUAGAAUUAUGUCUUGGCAGCGGCAUAUCUUUCUUGAUAUGUGGGCCUUGAUACCGUUCAAAUCAACCACAGCCUUUAAGGUUGAUCAGCACUCAUACUUCAGCGGUUUUAUGCUCUUGUAUUUACAUGAUGCGUGUGUUCUCUUUUUGAUGGUUGCUUUAACUUAAAUGCAGGCCUUUCUCAGUUGAGUUUCAGGUUUCCAUCGUCAUCACCUUCCAAUCAGAGUUGUCCAAACUCUACCCUAAAUCUGACCUCAGAACUCCCAGGCCUUGGGUAUGCGUCAAUUAACCAUUUUUUUUUUUUUUUUUCCCUUCUGAUGAUAAAUUUCCCUUUGUAACUUUGUACUAUCGUGUUCAGUUGGCGAUGCAGACCCUGCCUCUCAGGAUAUGCUGA